GGUUCUUCUAGCUAUAUAUAACCUCAUUAUUGAAUCACUUAUUCCACACUCACUCUCCUACUCUACAAGAAAUUAUCUCCUUGGGAAAAAUCUAAAGUUUCUAUAUUAGCUACAUUAGAAAGUUUUUCUUUAUUCUAUUUUUGGGAAACUGAUUUUAUAUUUGUGUAGAAUAUAUCAUUGGUUUACAAGUAUAUUAUUCUUUUUUCUUUGAAUUUUAAUUAUAUAUUUCUUCAAUUGUACCAUCCCAAUAAAUGGAUUAUACAAAUAGUCGAUAUUUCAGUCACUAUUCAGCAUCUUCCCCAUUUCACAAAGAAUUUGUGGGGCAAGAGGCAAAUUCUCAAAGAUUUCAGAAAUUUAUUAGUCAAGAUUUAUAUGAGUCUAAUAAUUUUCGUAUGUACAUUUACAAGGUACAGAAGUGCUCAAAACUUUACAGUCACGAUUGGACAUCUUGCCCUUUUACCCAUGAAGGGGAAAAAGCACGUCGACGUGACCCAAGGAAAUACAACUAUUUGCCAAUUCCUUGCCCUGGUUAUAAAUUCGCAUCUUGCAUAAAGGGAGAUAAUUGUGAAUUAUGCCAUGGAGUUUUUGAGUACUGGUUACACCCUGCGAAGUACAGGAUCAGUCCGUGCCAAGCUGGCACGUCGUGUAAAAGACCAGUCUGUUUCUUCGCACAUACACUAAAUGAGCUUCGUCCUGAGAUGAAGUACAAUUGGUCCUUUGUGUAUCAAUACCCUAUAUACAUCCAAUCAUAUCCAGACAUUAUCAUUGAAAAUGGUCCAUAUGGUAAUUGGAUGAUUGUUCCUUGCAACCCUCAACUACAACCACCACCACAUAAUCACUUUUACAGUACUACUGCUUUGGGACAUGGAAAUUCUCUUAAUCCCCAACAAAUUCCUUCGGAAAAUACGUCAAAUUUUGGGUUGUUUGCUCAACCUCCUCCUUCAUCUUCUCUAACUCAGCCAAAAUUUGUCCAUAAUGUUCAAAAUGAGAGUGAUUUUUCACUUUUUCAGCAAACCACACAAAGUUGAUUGAGGAGAUGAAGAAUCUUGAGCUUGGGAGUACUUCUCAUGCUAAGAUGAAUAAAAUAUAUGAAAUAUAUGAUGAUACGGAUAAAAGGUCGGUGGAAAAUGAGUUAAGGGAUCAAAAAUUUCCAAACAUCAAUUGCUUGUAAAUAUUUUAUACAUGAUGAGUGAUAGUAAUUCAUAAUUUAUGUAUAAACAGAUUAUUAAUUUGAAAUCAUUUUUAUGAGGCUGUUAACUAUUUCUAA